GUUCAUUACCGGGCGUAUAGUUUUAUUUGCCCGGAAAGAUAAAAGACCGAUAAGGCUAUCUAGUGCAUUUUAGUCUCGGAUUUUACGGCGAAGUGGUGCAAGGGAUUACGCCCGGUCAGCUUAUAUAUUAUAGAACGGAAAACUUGGCUGAACUUGAACGCUUGAUCAUGUUUGGCAUUCAUGCGCUUAUCACGACGCCCGGCUGCCGUUUUACGUGAUUCUUGAUAGUUGUCGUUGCUCUAGCCGGAAUCUGCAAUAACACAUUCGCACCGGGAGCACAAAUUAGUCAGCUCCAUUGGUUGCAGCGGUGCAGCAAUGCGAUGCGAUCCGAUCCGGCCGGCGAUAGUGGUAAUGAAGCAAUUAUGGAUCCUUCAAUUAUUGAAUUUAUUGGCGAAAAAUGCAUGAUCAGUAUAAUACCGAACUUCAGCAACGAGCCUCUUCACCUGAUAUACGGACCUGUGGGCCCAUUCCGAGCAGGUUUUCCCGUGUUCGUGCCCCUGUGGAUGGCCACGCAUCUGCGCAAGCAACAAAAGUGUCGGAUUGUGCCUCCAGAAUGGAUGGACAUGGAUAUAUUGGAGGAAAUCAAGGAAGAGGAAAAGCGCUCAAAGUUCUUUACCAAAAUGCCCUGUGAGCAUUACAUGGUAGUGGCCCAGUUGGUCAUGAGCACGGCCCCGGAUGACGUUCCUCGUUGUGAGGAGCUGCGCACUGUGAUCAAGGACAUCUUCGACAUACGUGAGUCCAAGCUGCGCACAUCGAUCGACGCCUUUAUCAAGGGAGAGGGCACAUAUGCGAAGUUGGACAACCUCACACUACUGGAGAUCCACAGCGUGCGACCCAUCCUGCCCUAUUCCCUUGACCACAUAGCACGUUACCAGCGCACGGCCACCGCGUCUCAAAGGGACACCUCCAUGCUAAGUGCAUCCAUGGCAGGCUCCAGUUCGGGUCCGAACAGUAACUCUCUGUUUUCUCAGUGAUUUUUCCAGUCAAACAACAUUGUGGAGGACAUUCAAGAUGAUAGAUAUAGUUAUUAGCAGCUAUUAUCAGGAGCUGUAGUCAUUAAACCUUUAAAAAGUUCAAAAAAA